GGAAGUUGUCAAAACAUUAUUGAGGGAGAGGUUGUGGCGGUAUUUUUUGGAUAAUUUCAGGAGAAGUUAGGUUUUAAUAGUUAUUAUUCCUCUUCCAUUGCAGGAGUGUGAAUAUGGACGAUGAAUGGGAGGAGGAGGAGCAGCUGGUUGUGGUGGAGCUCUCUGGUAUCAUCAACAAUGACUUUCUGUCCAAGUGUCGGGGCACAUGCAAGAUACUGGAUAUUGACAGUGAGAGGCCCAUGAUGCAAGCUGGACAGUACGUGUUUGCAGGGGAAUAUGAAGAGGCUUUGGGAACUUGUGUGCUGUUUGAAGAGGCACCACCAACCGGAAAAGACCAGAGUGGUCCAGACCUCAAGUACAUGUGCCACACUGUGAAGAAACUCACGAUGCAACGAAUCUUUCUCACUGAGAAGAGAGAGGGCGAGACGAGCUCAGGAAGUGGUGGAGGUGGUGAAGAGAGUGAAACAUCCUAUCAGUCCAUUCAAGAAGAAAGUGAUAACCAACAAGGAGAGACAGAAGAACAUCUGGACAAUACGAAUUUGGAAGACUUAACAGAAAGCUGAUAUGAGGAGACUUAGAUUUAUUCUGACCUCCCUGUUUGAAGAUGAGACACCUGGAUUUGUGUGGCUGUGAGGAACUGCGUCUUUAAAACUGACAAUUUAACGACAGUUGGUUGAUAUUAGUCUUAUCACAGCGAGACCGCACCUUACAGUCAUUUUGCUAGAGGAGGGAAAAAACACUCUCUUGUAUGUAUUUCUUUAAACCAAUCACAGUCGUAGUGAAUGGAGAUAAGAAAAGGCUGUAGCCGCAGCAUCCCCUCCAAACAGUGUUGUGCUGAAGAUGUUUUGGUAAAACAUUUGUGUACAGGGAGGUGAGCGCUGUCAUUGAAAUGGACAAUUCACAGAAUAAAAACAACCGGGCUGCCUCACUGCAAGAUCCAAGUAAAUUUUCAGUGUGGUAGGUUGGUGCCUAGUGGUUGUAGCUGUUAUUGACAUUAAUACAGUGUCAUUUUUAAAAGGUGAAGAGGAUUUUGAAAACAGUAACAGGUAGAUAGCAAAAGGGAAAGAGAAACUGUCCAAUGACAUGUAUGUACCUUCAACCCACCUCUCGUGAGUUAAUUUUACCCAAAAGGAAAACAGAUUUUUUUUAAAAAUCAUCGUAUAAAUCAGAUCCACGUAGGACAGCAGUUACAGAUAGGUGGUAGGCACUGUCAGCUUAACAGCUGAAAAUCCUGUGGAAUCAUCUAUUUCUGUUCCCAGCGAUCACAAUGAAGACCAUCCAGCAAAGGGAGACAAACCUUUUUUAAUGUGCAAGGUCAUAGUAUAUGUGGUUCAUUCUCCAAUUUGCUAUCUAUACAUCUCAAGAAGUGAAAGGAGUGCUUGACUUCAAACUUCAGAGACGAUUUUUCUGAUUUGUGAUGAAGUGCUUUAUCCACUGAUUUACCGAUUUUUCGUGUUGAAAUGAAGGCUUUAAAUGUGUUUAUUAAAUAAACUGGGGCCCGUAGGAGGCUAUUUUUUUAUGUGUGAGUCUUAUUGUUUGGAAUUUGUUCUACACUUGUUUACUGUGCACUUGUUUACAAAGCAAACGUUUUGUCAAUGGGGUACAAUUUUAUAAAGAAAUGCAUAUUCACUGAAUAAAUAUCAUUAUUUAUUUGUGG